UUAAACAGAUGGCCCUUUAGUUCGAAUAAAAAACAGCAAAUUUUUAAUUUUAUUUCUGUAAUUUUAGCUCAUAGUACGUAGCGAGACAGUUUUAAGCGAGUUUUGAUAAACGACGAUUUAGCUAGGGAACGCUACGAAUCACGAUUUGUUUCUAGGAUCUCAAAUCUUCGACACGAGUGUCUUGCCAAUAAAACCUUGUCGAGCGUAGCUUCAUCGAAGAAUGAAAGAUCUCUGAAACAAUAGUUUCAGAUCGAUGAAGCAACUCAGGAUGUCUACGAAGGACGGCGGAUCGAAAACUGAUAUUUAAUGGAUAAAAAGCCGCUCAUGGCACCACAAUUGCCUCAAAUAGAGAAGAAAAGGUGUACCUGUGCUGUGCCGAAGCCGGCGAGGAAUCAGUUGCGAGGACAAGUCUCGAGACAGCUCCAAAAGAAUACUGUCUCCGUGCAGGCUUCAUCGACGGAUCUCAACAGCAGAGACACGAGCAGCUCGCAACACACGUCGCCGAAGAACACUCGGCAAGUCAAGGCCAAAGUGGAUACAUGGAGGACGCCGUCGUACCAAGAGGAGCAAAAAAAGCGACGGGUGAACAUAUCGGAAAAGCAGAAGAAGGCGGUCAAAGGGAAAGUGCCCGACGAUGACAAAUAUCUGUGCCGCAUAAAUGCGGAAAAGAUGCUGCAAGAAGUCAACUUCCUCCUCAACAUAAGCCAAUGCGAACAAAACCAUUACACGUCCAAAAAAUAUCUCAGGACGGUACAGAGGGCGUUGAACAGGAGCAUGACAAAAGGGUCAUUCUCAAAAAACGUUUCGACCGCCGAUCAUCAAAACAUCUUAAAUUUGGUGGAGGAGCCGGUUAGAACGCCAUCAAUAAAUAAUAUUACGAGUGAGAGGCCGAGUACAAUUUCGUACACUUCAAGUUUACCGACUGCUAGUUUAUCAGAAAUAGAAAAUAGUAAAGACACCGAAGGAGGUGACAGUUUUUGCUCGAAAAAUGGAACGAGCGAUGUGCGCAUUUCUCGCGGCUUGGACAGCCGGGCGAAAACUUCAGAAGACGAAGACGUCAAUUCGUCGAAUGUAAGGACACUCCUGUCCUUUUGGAACCAGAAGUUCGCUAACAGACCGAUGACAGUCUGCAAUGAUAUUUACAACCCACAAAGGUACCUGUCUCUAACAAAAAAUCGCAUCAAAUCAGCAGUAAAGCUGAGCUCCGACGGUGUCGCCGAAGAGCACACUCUUAAGCCUUCCGAACUGAAAUACCGGCACAAGGGUGCUUCCACCAUUGUCGAAGUUUUGAGGCUAAAUUCGCGAAAGAACAACGUAAGAAAAACAAUUUCGCAGGGUGUUGUAAAGGGAAAUAGUUACGACAUGGCCGAUGGCAGAAUGCGCAUAAUAAGCACUGUUAAUGACGAUGACAAAAUUCUUAAUGGAGUAACCAUUUCCGACAAAAAGAUGAACAGUAAGGAAAAGUUUAUCGAGGUUCGCAACUCGCUUUUAAAAAAACAGACUACUUUCAGUAAAGACAGCUUGGUGAACAGGAGGAACAAAUGGAUUUCAAAUUAUCUCAAGAGCGUUGACGAUUUUAACAAGAAAACUUUAAAGAAUAAUACCAUAAAGAACGUAUUUUAUACGACACAUAUGAUGAAGAAGGAGAACGUGAUCCCUAUCGCUUAUCCAUAUUUGUACGUGGUCAAAUGUCUUAUAGAGUACACUCAAGAGACAGAGAGCUGGAAGUGUCUUUACAAGCCGGAUAUUUUAAGGCCUAUGCCCGCAAUGGACCCAAUGGAUUUCAGCGCUUAUGAUUACAACCAUAAGUAUUUGAACUUUCCCGAUCGCCGAAAGAUGUUACUAUCGGACGGAACAGGAGACUGCGGCGUAGACUAUAAGAUGAACGUCGAUAAGAUCUCGAUUAUCACCGGGAUCAAGCCCAACGUUCUGAACACGCUGCUCCAGAUCACGAACAAAGGUGACAACGUGUACAAUCUUACCGAGUCCGAUUUGGGCAAGUUGUACGAGAUCGGCAACGAGGCGGCUUCGUCUAAAGACUCUUCUUUUAAAGACAAGUUUCUUUACUAUCUGGACAACAUUGAAAAUUCUUUUAGUUCUAGGAUAAAGGAUGCGUACAACAAUACGGUGACGUUAUUGUCUUACAUCUACCAGAUGAAGGAAAUGCGGUUCGGCGAGAUGGGAAAGCGUCUUCUCCAAAGAGAAAAAGUGCUGUACAUCACAAUGACGGUUAGCAUACUACUUUUAGGCCUUAUUAUGGUGUUUGCGGCUUCAGUUUGACAACAAUCGUUGCGCAGUUUUCGAUUCGCCGGCCGUCACUUACCGCAAAGACGAAACUUGACAUUUUAAGGUUUAAAGAAUGUUAUAUAGUG